AUGCAUAGAGACCAAAGGUUCAACCGGAAGGCAGUGGGACCUCCAUUUGCUAAUCAAGGGGGUGACAACUGCAUGCAUCUCCCACUUUCAUCUUCCUUUCCUGAGAACAUACCUCCAGCUGCAGAUGACUUGUUGCCUAUAUAUGGUGUUGAAUUUCAGCCAUCUGAGGUCUGUCCAAGGAAUUUCGUAAUUGUUGAUCAAACUGAUCAUCACAGUCAAAUAAUGUUCAACCCUGAAAUUGGCCACAAAUUCGCUGCUCCCAACUUCAAUGUCCCCUCAAGUUUCAUUCAUGAGAGGAGCUUUAUGGGGAAAGAAGAUGCCCUUGAUCUUGAGAAGGAGUUGUCAUCGUGGAAGGAAGAUUCUGAUGAUAUUGAUGCACUGCUAAGCUUGGAUGUGGACGAUGAUGGUGAUGAAGAAGUCGAGGAUGAAGAUGAGGUCAGCACUGCAAGGACAUAUGGGAGCAGCUCUCCUGAUUCUUGUAGCAACUACUACCAUCACAACAACUCUAGGAGCAAUGUUUGUUCAUCUGUUCAAAAGUCAUUCGCUGGGGGUAGUAGCAGCAACAGCAGCGAGAAGAAACAGUUAAAGAUGAAGAGGAUGGUGAAGGCACUGAAGGGAAUCAUUCCUGGCGGGGAGCAAAUGAAUACCGUUACCACUAUAGACGAAGCAGUCAAGUAUCUCAAAAUGCUCAAGGUUGAAGCACAGAAGCUUAGAGUGGGGAAAUUUAAAGACUACAACUAA